UUAAAGAUACAAUCAAUGGCCAGAACAAAUCAGCUGUCUUUUGUUCUUGGUUUUCUGCUAUGCUCUGUUGUAUUCACAAACACAGAAGCAAGGGUGCAGAAGUUCUGGUGUGUAUUGAGACGUGGUAUUCCUGACUCUCAAGUGCAACAAUUUUUAGAUUCUGCCUGUUCCCAGCUUGAUUGCAGGCCCAUAAAUCCUGGUGGUGCUUGCUACGACCCUAACACAUAUGCAAACCAUGGAUCCUACGCCCUUGAUCUCUACUAUGUCGUUCGUGGUCAAUGCCCUGGGAUUGGCAUAUUUACUGAUAAUAAUCCAUCUCAUGGUAAUUGCAUCUUCCCUUGAUUGGAGACUUUGGAGAGAAUGCAUUGAGACAUCAAAAGGCGAUUUCGG